CACGUUUAAAAAACAUAGCCCAGAGUACACUUGAAACGUGCACAUCACUAGCCAACCAUUCAUAGUUCAAUAGUCUACUGAAACAAAAAAACAAACAACAAAAUGUUCAAAUUUGUGUUAAUUUCUUGCGUUUUGGCUGCCGCCAUUGCUUUGCCAAUUACCCAAGAGGAAGCCGAGGAAAGAGCCGAAUUGGAACGUAUCCAAAAUGAAUCUGCCCAAUACUCCUUCAAUUCUCAUGUCGAAGAUAAGAUCAACGAUAACAUGAUCGCUCGCGAAGAAACUCGUGAUGGUACCAAGGUCAGUGGCAUGUACUCUUACAGUGAUGGUUUCGUUAUGCGUACUGUCUACUAUGAAGCCGAUGAAAAUGGUUACCGUGUAGUCAAGGAAGAUACCCAAGAAAUCGGUGAUGGUCCUCAAUACAAUCCUGAAGGUCAAGCUGAUGUUGAAGGUUCAUUGAUUGGCAAAUACUCCAUCAAGUUGGAUCAAGAUAAGGAAGAUCCUCACUACAAAGAUGUCCGUGCUUAAGUGAAAAUACACACAUACACACACACAAAAGUAAAUGAAGAUUUCAUUUAUAUUUCUAACAUUUAGAAAUAGAGACUGAGCCAAGAAAUCGAAUUAUUAACAUUUAACAUUUAACUUUUAAAUCACAUGAGAUAUUUUUGUUGUAUUGUUUUGUUAAUAGUAGUAGAGUCUUAAAACUAUGUAAAAACAAAUAAAAAUUAUACAUUUAAGAAAAAAUA